AUGUUCUUUUCCACGUUAAUUGUCAUAUUUAAAUCCACAAUCGGACAAGAUGGCGGUGAGACUGUUAGCCAAUACAGACCUGGUGUAGGAGCUGGAGUGCCAACGAAUAUACCUAUAUACGGAACUGGUCAGAUAUAUGGAACUGGGCAGGGAUAUGGUACUGGACAGGGAUAUGGAACUGGAGCUCCCACUGGAGCUUCUGCUGAUGUUGGAGUUGUAGUUGGAACUGGCGUUUUACCAGCAGGCGUAGCCGAGCUUUUGCCUGCAGUUAAGGUGCAAGCUGAUGCAGUGCCAGGUGCUGCUGGAGCUACUUCUAGCUCUACAGCUGGAGCUAUACUUUUAGAAGCAACAAGAGCUGGAACUUUACCUGGCGUUGGGUCUGCUGUUAGAACUAUACCAAUAGUCACAACAGGCGCUGGAGUUUCGCCAUCCGGUAGAGCCGGUACUGGAGUUCCCGCUGGAGCUUCUUUCGAUGUUGGAGCUGUAGCUGGAACUGGAGUUUUACCUGCAGGUGUAGCCAGGCUUUUGCCUGUAGUUAGAAUGCAAGCUGAUAAUAUACCAGGUGCUGCUGGAGCUACUUCUACCUCUACGGCUGGAGCUAUACUUUUAAAAGAAACAAGGGCUAGAGCUUUACCUGGCGUUGGAUCAGAGCCUGAAGUCAUGCCAGCAGUUGGACCCGGCUCUAAAGCUAUACCAUCAGGCGGGGCUCGGAAUGUUUUAGGCGAAAUGCUGCUAUGGUUCUGGAUAUGUCUGAAACGUGCCUGGAUACGGACA